GCCAAGAGGCAUGAGUAAGAGCUGAGCGUGCAGAAGUGGGAGGGGCAGAGGGGGUGCAGGCUGGGCGUGGCCGCAGUGGGCGUGGCGCUGGGGUUCAGGUAAGCCCCUUGCUUCUGCCUCACAGAGACUGGCUUCCACAUCGAGGGCCUCCUGCGCCGUGCAUCCUCUUCCCUUGCUGUGCGUGCAGAGUAGCUGUAACUCCAGCCCACAAUGGAUGCCCUGCAACUGGCAAAUUCAGCUUUUGCAAUCGACCUGUUCAAGCAACUGUGUGUAAAGGAGCCAGCAGGCAAUGUCCUCUUCUCUCCCAUCUGUCUCUCCACCUCCCUAUCACUUGCUCAAGUAGGUGCCAAAGGUGACACAGCAAAUGAAAUUGGACAGGUAAGUCCCGCACUUUUUUUCCUACUGGGAGUGGGAAUAGACUUAUUAGAACACAUAACCAAUACAGACACCAAACCAGUGCAAAUGAUGAGUACAGAGGCCACGUUCUGUAUGGGCAACAUCGACAGUAUCAAUUGUAAGAUCAUAGAGCUGCCCUUUCAAAAUAAGCACCUCAGCAUGCUCAUCCUGCUACCCACGGACGUGGAGGACGGGUCCACUGGUCUGGAGAAGGUUGAAAAGCAACUCAACUCAGAGAUGCUUUCACGGUGGACCAAUGCCAGCACGAUGGCCAAUGCCAAAGUCAAACUCUCGAUCCCCAAAUUUAAGGUGGAAAAGAUGAUCAACCCCAAGGCUAGUCUGCAAAACCUCGGGCUGAGAAAUAUCUUUAAUGAGAAUACAUCUGACUUCUCUGGAAUGUCAGAGACCAAGGGAGUGGCCCUCUCCAAUGUUAUUCACAGAGCAUGCUUAGAAAUAACUGAAGAUGGUGGGGAGUCCAUAGAGGUGCCAGGAUCACGAAUCCUGCAGCACAAGGAUGAGUUCAAUGCCGACCACCCAUUUAUUUACAUCAUCAGGCACAACAAAACCCGCAGCAUCAUUUUCUUUGGCAAGUUCUGUUCUCCAUAAGUGGCAGAACCCAGGUUAAGUCCCACCUGACUUUUCUGCAAACUCUGCAUCCAGAGAAUCACUUUCUAAAUAUGAUAAGUUGUUAUUAUUGCUGGAUCAGGGGGCGGCUGGUACUUGUCCUAUGCAGCCCUCACACUAAGAGGCCCUUCCUUUGCGAUCUUUUCUUUUGUUCCCUUUUCCUCCCCAUAUAAGACAAUGCUUUUAAUGAAAAAACAUCACCCUAGAGGAAAAAUACGUAUUCAUUUUUUGUCACACUAUCUAGCGUUAUUGGCAGGAGUACAGUCUUCCACAAAGAAAAUUCCUGUAAGGAGGAUCUGGAGGACUUUAUUCCUAGAGUUGGGCCUUCCUUCACUGGGAUACAGAAUGUUCCAGACAUUCUCACUUCCCUGAAAGACUGGAAAACUGUGGUACGUGGGAUCUGUUAAACUUUCCUGGCUCCCGUGAAACUUGGGCUCAUGUUCAGGCUUUUGUAGGUCUGCAGCUCCUUAGGCUAAGUCCCACAGGACAAUGGUUUCUUCAAACUCUUGAGAUUUUGGAUUUUAGAAAGAUAAUAUGUUGCGCACAGUACCUGUUAUGGAAUUCCACUGAUGGGGUCUAGAACAGCACCUGAUAAAUCAACACCUUAAUGUUUCUGCCACACAAUGUAAUCAAACAAAAUGGAUAAAGCUGCUUAGGUAGCCACAGUGUUAGGUUUGGCUGCCAAGUGAGUGUGCCAGCAGCUUGUUUCCAGAACUUUCUGAAAACUUGGAAUGUUGGAAAAAGAAAUGCAGACCUAUAGUAGCUGAACUGCAGCACCUGAAGGGGAGGUUCAGAUCUUAUUAGAAAGUCACGUUCACAUUUGUUAGACUGCCCCACAUGGCCGUUUGGUUGGCCAUCGACCCCUGGCAGGGAAUUCUGACUGGACGAGGUUUUGCAUGUGAGACGACCAGGGACUUAAAAUGCGCAGCAACUUCCAUGCUAGGCGACAAAAGAAUUUUAUGAGUGUUGAAGGAACUUGUCUCUUUUCUAAUGUGAGAGUGGGAAAGGGAAAGGAGCUUAAUGCCUUUAGAACUUAUAACUAUAUCUAUGGAGGUGCUUAAGCUGCCUUGACAUGUAUUUAUUUUCAAAGCCCAUGGGUUUAGUUGCUAUAGAUGGCUGUUUGGUACCUGACAUUAGUAGUAAUUUUUAAAGGUGUUCUAAUAAGUUAUCUGUGUUGCAAUUUCACAGAUGAAUUCAAGACCAAAAGAGCACAUCUACUCUGGCAUUCACUGUAAAUAGGUUCACCUCUCUUCUUGCUCCAAAGGUUCAGUGUCAAAUUUCUUUUAUGCUAUUGACAAUAAAAUAUUAUUGAGCUACA